GUGUAUCUGAUAUGUGUUUUUGAUGUAUUUGUCCUGCAUAACUAAAGUACCUGAUUCUGUUAGCCCUCCUUUUAGACGACAAUAUUGACAUUGAUGUCCUGAACCCAGUUGGGUCUCAUAGGCCUCCAUUUUCACUUUUAUCUUCGGUUAUAAAAUCAAAUGCAUUUUUUCUUUAUGAAUUGAACUUCACUAGAAGUAUAUUUGGUAGUAAUUUGGGUUGGUUUUACAAGAAAUGCAAAAUUGGUUUCACAUCCAAGAGAAGUUAGGGAGAUCCCAAAUGAGUUGAAAGACGGGCGGGGGGGGGGGAUUAAAGCCAUUCUGGAAGGGCUUCUACCAUUUGUUUAGGAUGUCAUAUACAUUAGGCAUCAUGGGACUCCGUCAUAAUUGGUGGUGGACCUCUUGAAGCGGAGUGUGUUCAGGCUGCUGAGCUGGAGAAAGCGAAUGAUGAACCAGAAGGGAAGUGCAUAUCAAAUCCUGGGAAAUCAACGUUGUCAGGCAGGAUGUAAUAUUUUUGAGUGUUACUUGCUUUAUUAAAAAUAAGAUUUCUCGUGUUGGUAUUAUUAUGUAACCCUUAAUUACCUGCUAUUGGGUUUCACUCUAUUAGGAUUUGCUUGAGGGUAGUAUGCAGGUGGUACUCUUUCUGCCCCCAAAAGAAAACUUUGUUUUGGCUUUUUAAAUCAUACAGUAGAAGUUCAUCUAUUGAUGAUGAUGAUGAUGAUGAUGAUGACACAUAUUAUAAAGAAGCACACCCACUGGUUGGACGCAGGAGUAAACAUGCAUCUUCCUCUUAUAACAACAACAACAACCCAGUUCUGUUAAUCUCCAGAACACAGCGGCUGAAAAGAUCCCUCAAACCUUGAGUUCUAUUGUCAUUUGGUCAAUGUUACAUGGUAGGCGACGGAAGAGUAUUGAAAGCAAGGACGUUCCCAACUUCCCCUACCAUGUAACAUGUGUUUUGUCCUGAGCUUAAGGCCAAGGUUGAAGAACACAUUUGGGCCCAUCAACCAAAACCGCAAGGAGAAGAUUUGGAAAUGCACGGCACAAAAACGUCAAUCCAGACGCCAGACAACAACGAACUUUGUUAUUCGAUAAUGGAGCAUUCACACUCAUCUAAUUUCGGCCAAGUGCCUGAAGAGGCCAACAAAUUCAUCUAUGGACACUACUACUCAUCAUCCUUUGGUCAUGCCUGGUUUACAUGGCCGCGUCGGCCGAGGGGGCUAGGACGGCGCCGCCGUGGUUGCCGCCUACUGAGAGGGUGGCGGUUAAUUCUUCCGCCGUGAGGAAAGUUCUGUGUUCCAUGCAGGUAUUCCCAGCCGCGUGCGGGAAUACCAAGCUGGAGGGGAAGAUGACGGCAGCUGACGUCAGCAGUCCCCUGGCGUUGGCCAAGCGCAACUUGGAGCUGGCCGCCUCAGAGCUGUCGGCGCUGCGGUCCUCGUUGCCGCUGACAUCAUCAGGUUUCCGGCUGCGUCCGGACUACGAUCAUCUGAUAACUCUCUUAAAAUCCUUCCGAACAUCGCCGCGGCUAAUGACUGCUCCUCGCCCAAGCGAGUUCCCAGAAGAACCUCGUUACGAUGAGAUCAAAAGCAACUGGGGCGAGUGCCGGGUGAUAUUCGAGGAGGUUAAAAUCGUCCUGGAGGGCGCCCUGGAGAAGCUGGGAGGAGGAGGAGAGGGGAUUGGGGAGGAGGAGGAGAUCAGGGUUGGAAUGGUGAGAUCAUUGGCGAGGGGGCGUUGGCACAUGGAUCUCUGUUACGUGGGACUGACGACGGAAGGGAGCGGGUGGGUGGAGUCCUUCUCACCAAUACAUGACCACUUGUGGGACUACUCUGCGUACUCUGGUUAUGCCCUCUUCGUCUUGAGCAACCCCAAAGAGAUGGAGACUAGGAUGAUGAUGAUGAUCCAGGAUGGGGAUGCUCAACGACGACCUUGCUUCCCAUCCUCAUCAUCAUCAUAAGCCUCCUCCAUUCUCAUAUACUCCCUCCGUACCAUAAAGAUUGGGACGAUUC